AAAACCUCCAUCACUUCUUUUGCUUUCAUUCUCUUACCUCCAACUUGUUAAUUCUGAGUUGCUACUAGACUUAGAAAUAUCACAACUACCAUCUUGUUUUUACAAACUAUGGUGUUUUUUCAUUUCUCUGAAUUGGGUUCUGUUUCUUUUUAGAUCAUGAGCUGUGAAGAGAAGGAAAAGUCCAUGGCUGAGGUGUAUGAUGAGUAUGUGAGAAGUAAGGCUUGUGAAAGAGUUGUCAAACCAAUCCCUAAGGUGAAAGACAAAGGAGAAAGUUCCUCGGGGAUUACUGAAGAAGCAACACAUGGUAAACAAUGGAGGAGACCAAAUCUAUUUGUGGAGAUACCUUCCAAAUCAUCGGAUGCCUCCAAUCAAGAGUUCGUGCAGGUUAAAAUGCUUCCAACACCGACACCUACACCAAAAAGGGUGAAUUUCCUUUUGACACCUAGUUCUUCUAAUUCAAGAGCAAACGCGUUUCCUAGUCCCUCCUCAUGCAGAAGCAAAUCAUCCAUUAGGAAUCUUUUGCCGAAACUAAGCUUCAAAUCACGUAAUACAAAUUCAGAUACAGAAAAGGCAGCCUUAUCAGAUGAGAAGGUGUCCAUAUCAAGGUCUUGGUCAUUCUCUAAAUUAUUUACACCACGAGUGAAGAGGACUUCAUCUUUACCCGUUACACCAAUCGAACAUCCAAAUCCAGAGUCUGCUAGUGGAAGUAUCAGCAGAACCAUGACAUUUGGUACAAAAGAAGCACAUAUGCGCAUUUCUAGAUCACUUUCUCUCCCGGUCAUUAACAAAGAACGAAGGACUAGGAGAGUAGAAUCUUUCUUUCGAGUUGUUUCAACCCCUCAAGUGAAGGAUGGGAAUUCCACAGUUCCAGCUGCAACUCCAACCAAAGUAUCUGACGAUAAUGAAUCAAAUGGUGAAGAUAUACCUGAAGAGGAAGCUGUUUGUCGCAUAUGCCUGGUUGAAUUGUGUGAAGGUGGGGAGACACUCAAGAUGGAAUGCAGCUGCAAAGGUGAACUUGCUUUGGCUCACCAAGAAUGUGCUUUUAAAUGGUUCAGCGUAAAAGGUAACAGAACGUGUGACGUCUGCAAGCAAGAAGUUCUAAACCUACCUGUCACACUACGUCGCAUCCAGAGUGCAAAUGUGGGAUCUAAUAGGUUCCAGCACUUGGAAAUAAAUGGGUACAGGGUUUCACAGGAACUACCCAUUCUUGUCAUUGUCAGCAUGCUUGCCUACUUUUGCUUUCUUGAGCAGCUUCUGGUUGGAACAAUGGGUACCGGUGCAAUUGCUAUAUCAGUUCCCUUUUCUUGUGUACUAGGUCUGCUUUCAUCUUUGGCAUCUUCAACCAUGGUGAAGAGAAGGUUUGUCUGGGUUUAUGCAUCAGUUCAGUUCAUCCUCGUGGUAUUCUUUGCUCAUAUGUUCUAUUCCUUGGUUCAUGUACAAGCAGUUCUUUCAAUACUUCUCUCAACAUUUGCUGGUUUGGGGGUUGCAAUGGGUGGAUGUUCCAUAGUUGUCGAGUUCCUUAGAUGGAAAAGGCGGCGACAACUAUUAUUAGAUAUGCAGCAAAAUUCUCAGCUGAAUCAAACAGCAGCAUCGUCCCACACAGAUCGUCAACAUAAUCAACCGGAUAUAGAAAAUCCGGCGACAUUUAGUGGGAGCUAGAUAGUCAAUUAUGUCAUAGCAGCAGUUUAAAAGGCAUUUAAAUUCAUAGUUGUUGUAGGAAAUGGCUUGUUGCGUAUAUUUUGAAAUUUACUUAUUCUGCACUGAGAAGUAGAAAUGUUUAUUGUACUACUCUGGAAGCUUAGAUUGAAAAAAAAGCUUCCAUUAUAAGCAAAAGAAAAGAUAUAAAGAGCAAGAAAAAAUUGUCAGGGUUCCACCUGUUUUUUGCUGUGUGUUUUGUACAAGAAAAAACAUUUUGUAAA